AUGCUUUCAAAGUCCAGGAGAAAACGCCAGAGGUCACCGAAUGAACGUGAUAAUGAUUCAGAUUCCUUAAAUCAGAACCUGCCAGAAAUCUCACAACCUUUAACGACACACAAUAAGCGUCUAAAACUGAAGACCAAUCGCCUUUCUACAUCACGAGCGAAUGACACACCAGGUGGAACAUACCAGAAUACCAAAUUUAGUGAAAAUCAUACUAGCUAUGCAAUAAAUGAAGAUUCGGGGAUACAGUCUAGCCAAUUCCAACAUGGUGCUAUUGUCAGGGUUAAAGUGGUCAACUUUGUUACUUAUGAGGAAGCUGAAUUUUUCCCUGGACCGAACUUGAAUAUGGUUAUUGGACCAAACGGUACCGGAAAAAGCUCUCUAGUUUGUGCGAUAUGUCUAGGAUUAGGUUCGAGUCCAACACAGCUAGGUCGGGCGACACAGGUCGGUGAAUUUGUGAAGCACAGUAUGUCUGAUUCUAUCAUUGAGAUUGAAUUACAGGGAGAUUCAGGAGAGGAAAAUUACAUUAUUCGUUCUCGUAUCUUACGAGAAGACAACUCACGUGAAUGGUGGCUAAAUGGGCAGCGCUCAAAUCUCAAGGCCGUAAAAUUAUUGGUAGAGAAACUCUCAAUUCAAAUAGACAAUCUAUGUCAAUUUCUUCCUCAGGAAAAGGUGGCCGAAUUUUCGGCGCUCUCCCCGUCUGAACUUCUACUACAAACUCAAAGAGCUGCAGCCCCUCCCGAUGUUCUAGAAAAACACGAAGAAUUAAAAAAGCUCCGAACUAUAGAAAAGAGCUUAGAAGGUCGGGAUGAAGCUGUGAAACAAGAGCUCAAGACUCACGAGACUCGGCAACAAAAUCUCCGUGCUCAGGUACAAAAACUUCAGGAAAGAAUAAAAAUUCAAGAAAAAAUCGCCCUUCUUCAAAAGCAGGUACCUUUUGUAGAGUAUAAGAUGGCCAUAACUGACCAUAAUGCUGCGAAAGCACGAAAAUUAGCAGCUCACAAAGUCUAUGAAGAACUCGAAGCGCGCAUAGCUCCCACUUUGCACCUUAUCGAUGACAAGAAAAGCUACUCUACCAAGAUUGAGACAGCAGUUCGCGAGCGCAGAGCUAUUCUGCAAUUGAUAGAACGUCAAGGUCAGUCUUUUAGAUCUUCGAAUGAAACAUUAACGGAGGAAAUUGGCCUUAUCGAUUUGAAUCUCACCUCAGUCGCCGACCAGGAAAAAGAGACCAAAUUACGAAUCGGAAAAUGCCAAAAAAAUAUAACUAACUGGCAAAAUCUCUGCGAAAAUAGAACGCCGGUAUUUAAUGCUUCUGAAUGGAACCAAAGAGCACGAGCUAAGGAGCAAGAAUCUCGAGAAUUAAAGACUCAACUCAGUGACGUCAAGGUCUCCUUAGAGGAGCUUCAUGCUCGUGGAAGGAGUACCAAACAAAUUCUAGAUGCGUCUCACGAAGAACUUCAUCAAUUCGAUUCCCAUGAAGGCCAACUGAUGAACAAGCUUGAACAGCAAUCCAAAGAUACCGCAAAAGCCUGGAAAUGGAUCCAGGAGCACCAAGCAGAUUUUGAGAUGGAAGUAUUUGCUCCCCCCCUCAUAACAUGCUCAAUGAAAAAUUCACGCUACACGCGUCAAGUAGAAUCUUUGAUCGGACGUAAUGACAUGUUCACCAUAUCUGCCCAAACAAAAGCUGAUUUCAAGAAGCUCAGCGACCAGCUAAAUGGGACUAUGCGACUAACAGAUAUCACAAUCAAGCAAGUAGAUCACCCCACCGUCCCGAACAAUCGCCCACUAUCUGAUAAAGAGAUGCAACGAUAUGGUAUGAUUGGAUGGGCCAUUGAUCAGAUAGAUGGACCCGGACCCGUCCUCUCCAUGCUUUGCGACAGUGCACGGUUAGACCGUUCAGCUAUUGCACAUGAUGAUAUCAGCGAAGAAACUUAUCAAACAAUCGUACGAGAAGAAAGGCUAAACGUAUGGGUCACACAAUCGCAAAGAUUCAAUGUUACAAGGAGGAAAGAAUACGGCCCUGGUGCUAUUUCUACCAUCACGCGACCAGUGCCUAACGAGCGAUUUUGGACGGAUCAACCUGUCGAUGCGUCGGCUCGGGCAGAAAUUCAAGCUAGGAUUGAAACCAUCGAAAGUGAAUUCCAAGCCCUUAAGCGGCAGAAUGACCCACUCAAAACAAAAAUAAUCGAACUAAGAAGCCAGGAUUCAGUUAUUCAGGAUGAGAUUAAACAAAUACUUCAAGAGAAGGCCAAGCUACAGGAAGCAGAUAAGGAGUUGAAAGCCUUACCAGAGAGAAUUAAAUUUCUAGAACAGGAAGAAGCGAACCUUCGUAGGGCACAGGACAAAUUACUAGAAAAUCGCGAGACUGUGCAAAAGCUUCACGACCAGCAUGAUCAGGCUGCUGUUCGAAAAGCUGAGAAUGCACUGAGAUUCGCAGAACACCUUUCGGGUGUUCGCAAAGCCCACGAGAACCUACUCGAAGCACAGAUCAGAUUCAUAGAGGCCGAAUCGGACGUUGAAAGUCUCACCGCACUUAACAGCAGCAUAGUUCAACAGCGAGAUGAGGAACGAGAGAGAGUAAGAGAAAUUGAUGAAGAGGCUAAGAGGAUUAAGGCCGUUGCCUCUAAGGCCUUAAAGAUUUGUAAGGCUAUUCUGGCUGAUCCUGAGAACGAAGCCCAUACAGAACAGCUCGCUCAGCAGCCCGACGACACUACUGUAGAAGCAUUGGAGAUGGAGAUCGCUGCAGAGGAAUCCAAAUUAGAGUACCUUGCUGCUGAUAACCCAAACGCCAUUGAGCAGUUCGCGACGCGUGAAGCUAAGGUCCAGGAACUAAGGAUUCAAGUCGACGAAAUAGCUCAAAGGCUACAAAGAACACAACAGAAAAUUUGCAAAAUCAGAGGGGAAUGGGAGCCGGUACUGGAUAACCUAAUCAGCACAAUCAAUGACGCGUUCUCCUAUAACUUUGAACAAAUUGGCUGUGCGGGAGAGGUUAGCAUCGAAAAGAAAGAUGAUUUUGAGGACUGGGCCAUUCAGAUCAAGGUUAAGUUUCGAGAAAAUGAAACACUGCAGGUCCUGGAUCAACAUCGGCAAUCAGGAGGUGAGAGAUCUGUAUCGACAAUCUUUUACCUUAUGGCGCUACAGUCACUUGCAACAUCCCCUUUUCGUGUUGUGGAUGAGAUUAAUCAGGGCAUGGACCCACGCAAUGAACGACUUGUCCACGAACGCAUGGUCGAAAUCGCUUGCAAGGAGCACACGAGCCAGUACUUUCUAAUUACGCCGAAGCUUCUUACAGGACUGUGUUAUGACCGUCGCAUGAAAAUUUUAUGUAUUACAAGUGGACCUCAUAUGCCAACAGAUUAUCAACAGCUCAACGUCUCGCGUAUUAUCCGCCUUCGCCGAGCAAUUCUCGCGGCUCGCUAA